GUUGUGCCAAGCUCCAGUUGGCUCACGCAUCAGUUCGCACAUUGAAAUUGCAAAAGCUUGCUCUCUGGACGCUGUGCGCACUUUUGGGCAGCCUACUGUCACCGAACUGAGGGGCAGCCACAAGAGAUGGCAGCACUGUGGGACCUGUCGGACGACACGGUGCCGCCCCGCCGGACGCCGCGCCGCCGCCGCCGCGCUACUAUCGACUGCGACGACUGGGCGCCGCCAAGACGCGGCAUGGUGAACGCCGGCGCGCUCGCCGGCAAGCAGGGUGCUCUAGCCGACGGUCACUACGACGCCCUGCUGACUGUCGGCGUCCGGCGUGACGCGCCCGUGGACGCCAUCACGGCGGCGCUGCGGCAGGCGGCGGUGUCUGCGGGCCUCGACACCAUCGAGAGCGAGAGCGCUGGCUACGUCCGCGCUUCAGGCGUCGUGCUGCGGGCGGGCGACGCGCGGUGCGAGCUGCAGGUCUGCUGCUUCGGGUCGCGGCGCGUCGCGGCGGUGGCCGUCCGCGUUGCCCGCCGCGGCGCGCGCAACGGCGACGCCUGCGCGCGGCGCGUGGCGACGGCCGUCCGCGCGGUCUUCGCCGACGCGGACCUGCGGGAGGCGGACGACGCGGCGCCGAGGCGGCGCUACCGCGCGGACGGCGCCGCGUCCGAUUCUGACGAGUGUGGCCCGGGGAGCGGAGGCCUCGACGCCCACUUCCUGGGCCAGCUCGACGCGGCGGCGCGCGACGCGGCCUUCGCGGCCCACGAGCACCGCGCGGCGUGGCUGGGCGCGGCCGCACGCCGCGCGGAACGCGUCGCGCAGCAGGCCUGCGCCGCCAUGGGCUUCGCCGCGCCCGAGGCGGCCUCGCCGCCGCCGCCGCCGCCGCCGAAAGCCGCACAACCCCCGCCGCCGACGCGGCGCGGCUGCCUCCGGGGCGCCCACGCGGCCGUCGCGGCGCGGGAGCGCGACCUGGCCGCGGCACGAGCGGCCGCCGCCGUGCAAACAGCGGACGAGGCGGCCUGGCGCGCGUGCGCCGGACGCGUCGCGGCGGCGAAGGAAGCCGUCCGGGAGUCGGUAGAGAGGCUCCGGCGGAACAGGCGGCCGGUCCUGCGGCUGGCGCGGGCGCUCGUGGACGAACAGCCAGCGGUUGUAGUCCUCCGUGGCGACGGCGUCGCAGUCGGGCGUCGCGACUACGGGGCUGUGGCGCGCGUCUGCCGGCUCGGCGACGGCGCGCUCCGCGUCGAAUGUCGCGGCGGGUCGUUCGCGCUGCGGCCGGCGUCGUGCUCGACGGACGUCGUGUUGGCGGUCCUCCGGGCGGUGGUCUCGUGUGUGUAA